CCAAAAACCAAAUCAAAGACUUAUUUGACACUUCCAUUUAAUUUUCUCGAGUAGCAUUACAAUCUACACUGCGAAACCGCCUUUGCUCUUCGUACUGUCAAAAUCACCCGUCGGAGCUCGGAACUACCACCACUACCACCAGUCACCACCCCGACGACCGCAGUCGUCUCCAUUGGUAUAAUGGGGAAACCAAAACAACAAGUAAUUUCCCGCUUCUUUGCACCAAAACCGAAGAACGAAGAAGACCCUUCAACUUCAACGACCCCCUGUACUCCACCUCCCAAAAUUGUUGCCACCGUCAGCUUUUCACCUGCAAAGCGCCUUAGAACUUCCCAACUCAUUUCUCCUCAGAACAAACUUUCUUCUUCUUACGAUGAUUAUCCUACAAAACCCACCAAAACCCCUAAGCUAUCAACCCACGUAGAUAACCCAUCCACUCCUCUUCCUAAUCCCACUCUCCACCAGAAGUUCCUGGAUAAACUUCUAGAACCAUCUUACCACCUUUUGGAACCUUCCAAGUGUCAUGAAAUUGCAAAUCCCAAGUACACGCCGUUAGAGCAACAAGUUGUGGAGCUUAAGACUAAGUACCCAGAUGUUCUAUUGAUGAUUGAAGUUGGUUACAGGUACAGAUUUUUUGGUCAGGAUGCCGAAAAUGCUGCUAGAGUUUUGGGUAUUUAUGCACAUAUGGACCACAAUUUCUUGACAGCUAGUGUACCCACGUUUCGGUUGAAUAUUCAUGUGAGGAGGCUGGUGAGUGCAGGGUACAAAGUUGGUGUUGUUAAACAAACGGAAACUGCUGCAAUUAAGGCUCAUGGAUCGAAUAAAUUGGGCCCUUUUGGCCGUGGGUUGUCAGCAUUGUACACGAAAGCCACUUUGGAGGCUUCUGAAGAUGUAGGGGGUGGAGAUGAGGGGUUCGGGUCAUGUAAUAACUAUUUGGUUUGUGUUGUUGAGAAGGUAAUCGACCUUGAGGGUUGUGGGAAUGAUGUGAAACUCGGGGUUGUUGGAGUUGAGGUUUCAACUGGGGAUGUUGUUUAUGGGGAGUUCAAUGACAAUUUCAUGAGGGCUGGGUUGGAGGCUAUGAUCCUGAACUUGUUGCCAGCUGAAUUGCUUGUUGGCAGGCCUAUAUCUAAGCAGACAGAGAAGCUGCUACUGGCUUAUGCUGGACCUGCAUCGAAUGUUCGGGUGGAGGAUGUAUCAUCAGAUCGGUUCAGUGACGGUGGUGCUCUGGCUGAGGUGAUGUCUCUCUAUGAGGGCAUGCAGGAAACUAAUUUGUUAGAUGUUCAAGAAAAGGAAGAGGCUGAAAUGAAAAUGCCCAAAUGCAAUCAAAUUGCAAUCCAGGGAAUAAUGGCAAUGCCUCAUUUGGCUGUACAAGCAUUGGGCCUAAUUGUUAGCCAUCUAAAACAAUUUGGUUUGGAAAGAGUUCUGUGCUUGGGAGCCUCAUUUCGUCCCUUCUCUAGCAACAUGGAGAUGACUCUUUCAGCCAAUGCAUUGCAGCAACUUGAGGUUUUGAUGAAUAACUUUGACGGAUCAGAGUCUGGCUCCUUAUUUCAUUGUAUGAAUCAGACCCUUACUUUAUUUGGUUCAAGGCUUCUCAGGCAUUGGGUGACUCAUCCAUUACGGGAUAGAAACAUGAUAGGUGCUCGUCUUGAUGCAGUUUCAGAGAUUGCAGAAUCUAUGCAAACUCAUCGAACUUCUCAUACUUCUGUCUUGGAGAUGGAAGGUGCUGAUGUCACCAGUUCGCAACCGGAGAUACAUCAUAUAAUUGUUUCAGUUCUGUCCACUAUAGGAAGGCCACCAGAUAUCCAGCGGGGGCUUACAAGAAUCUUUCAUAGAAAAGCUACUGCUGCUGAGUUUAUUGCAGUCAUUCAAGCUAUCUUGAUUGCUGCGAAACAACUUCAGCGGCUUUUCAUUACGGAGGACAGAAGUACUAAUCUGCAAAGAGAGACCUUGCAUUCUGUCCUGUUGAGAAAGCUGAUAUCAAUUGCCUCAUCUUCUACUGUUAUUAAUGGUGCUGCUAAGCUUUUGUCUGCUUUAAACAAGGAAGCUGCUGACAGACAGGAUCUUCACAACUUAUUUAUCAUUUCUGAUGGGAAGUUCCCAGAGGUUGCUGAAGGUACAAGGAGAGUUGAGUUGGCAAAUGAGAAGUUAGACUCAUUGAUUGUUAUGCAUCGCAAGCAGCUUCACAUCCACAAAUUGGAGUAUACUAGUGUAGCUGGUAUCACACAUUUGAUAGAGUUGCCUCUAAACACAAAGGUGCCUCGAGAUUGGGUCAAAGUGAACAGUACUAAGAAAGCAAUACGUUAUCAUUCACCAGAAGUAUUAGUGGCUUUAGAUGAGUUAGCGUUGGCAAAUGAGCAGCUCACUGUCGUUUGCCAAGCUGCAUGGAGUAAUUUUUUGACGGGUUUUGGUGGAUACUUUGCCGAGUUCCAAGCUGUUGUGCAAGCCCUGGCUUCAUUGGAUUGUCUAAAUUCUCUCGCCAUUCUUUCGAGGAAUAAGAAUUAUGUCCGUCCGCUCUUUGUUGAAGAUGAUGAGGCUGUUCAGAUACAUAUAUGCUCUGGUCGUCAUCCGGUUCUGGAGGCUGUUUUACAAGAUAACUUUGUCCCAAAUGAUACAGAUUUGCAUGCAGAAAGAGAGUACUGUCAGAUUGUCACUGGACCAAAUAUGGGGGGGAAAAGUUGCUAUAUUCGCCAAGUUGCUCUUAUUGCUCUCAUGGCUCAGGUUGGAUCCUUUGUACCAGCGAUCUCUGCAAAACUACAUGUACUGGAUGGGAUAUAUACUCGCAUGGGUGCAUCAGACAGUAUUCAGCAGGGAAGGAGUACAUUCUUAGAAGAACUCAGUGAGGCUUCUGAUAUACUGAGAAAAUGCUCAGCCAAUUCACUGGUUAUACUUGAUGAGCUUGGGAGAGGCACCAGCACACAUGAUGGCGUAGCAAUUGCUUAUGCAACACUUCAAUAUCUCCUGGAGCACAAAAAAUGCAUGGUUCUAUUUGUUACUCAUUACCCUGAAAUUGUCAGUAUCAAGAAUAAGUUUCCAGGCUCUGUGGGACCAUACCAUGUGUCAUAUUUGACAUCCCAAAGAGAUGUGAAUGGGGAUUUCAAGUCAAAUGAGAAGAUGGAUCACAUUAAUGGUGAGGACAUCACCUACCUAUACAAACUUGCACCAGGUGUUUCUGGGAGAAGUUUUGGUUUUAAAGUUGCUCAGCUUGCACAACUGCCGGUCACAUGUAUUCAGCAAGCCAUUGUAAUAGCUGCAAAACUGGAAGCAGCAGUCUGUAACUACACUGAACAACAAUUUCGAAGGAGCUGUUCUCUAAGCCAUAGGCAAGAUGGCUGUAAAAAUGAACCCACAGAGGAUGUCCUAGAAUCAGAUUCCUUGUCUGCUGGAAUAGUUGAAGGCUUAGACGACAUCAGUGAGCUUUACAGGGAGUUGUUUAUGAACCUUAACUAUGCAUAUCUUGAAGAACAUGGUAAUGACAGGAGACUCCAGUUUCUAAUGCAAGCUAGAAGCCUUGCAGCUCAGUUAAUAAGUAAAUGCUGGUAGUGAAACUGCCUGCCUGCUUGUACAGUAGGACACCACUAUUUUGAUCCAAAUAUAGAUGUUGAAUAUCUUGCUUUUUAUCAAUUCAGAGCUUUGGUCUAGUGGUAAGAGCACAACCCGUGAUUUGUGGGUUGGGCAUACAUCAUGGUUCAAACUCUGAUGUAUUAGACAAAAGCAUGAUAUUAAACUUAAGAGUAAAGGGGUGGGCUUAUUUAUUUUCGGGGUUUCUCCUUUUGGAUAAUGGUGGUGUUUGAGUCAGCUUGGAGCAUUGGGCGCAUCUUGACUAAUCCAGAAAGCAGCUUGCUGCAGUUUGCAAUCACAGCUGUUGGGUAAAAUCUGCUGACCAAGGAUUUGGACCAAAUAGCUAUUAUUCCUCCUGCAUUCAGGUAAUCACCGUUAGCUGUCAAUUUUGUAUUUAUACGCAGGCAACCUGUCUCUGCCUUGGGAAUUCACUCUUCUUAGAGAUCACGCGAAGCAUAAACAAGUAGUUCAGUAUCAUGAUGUGUAAAGAAUCUCCGUUUUAUGAGUGUCUAUCAUUUUCAUUAAUUAAGGGUUGUAUAUUAUCUGAUGAAUGGACAAAUAAUUGUUGGUUUGGAUGCAUGUGAAGGUUAGGUUUCCCCCCUGAUUUUCAUGGUUAUUCGAACGGCUUGAAGUUUUGAA